AUGCGGGAGCUGCAGCUGGAUGGAGAGAGGUUCCAGCGCUACUUCAGGCUGAGCAUAUCCGCUAUCAGAAGAACCCCCAGAGCCAAGGCAAAGACCCGCUCCUCCCAUGCUGGGCUCCAGUUCCCAGUCAGCCGUGUUCACAGGGUGCUGCGCAAAGGAAACUAUGCAAAGCGUGUCAAUGCCGGUGCCCCCGUCUACCAGGCCGCUGUGCUGGAGUAUCUGACCACUGAGAUUCUGGAGUUGGCUGGGAACGCUGCCCGCGACAACAAGAAGACCUGUAUCAUCCCCCGUCACCGGCAACUGGCUGUCCGCAACAACAAGGAGCUCAACAAACUGCUGGGCGGAGUCACCAUUGUGAAGUUAAGAAACUUAAGAAAAGUUAUCAAACUUUUAACGGGUCUACAGUAUAUUAGCCUACACAUUUAAACAACUGGUGUGAUGAUGCGUUGCACUGACAGGAGAUG